AUGGAAGUUCGUUUGCUGACAUUUAAUUUGUUCAUGCGUCCGCCUCUCGUAAAGAAUAAUGCCAGUGACCACAAGGAAGCGAGACUUGCGUACUUUAUAAAACAUUGCUUGCACAAAUACGACAUAAUAUGUUUACAGGAAAUGUUUGCCUUUGGCAGUAGCAGACGCGCGCGACUGUUGGAAGCUGCGUUCAAGGCGGGAUUUAAUUACUCUUGGGCCUCUCCCGCAAAGCGGCUUCUGAGUGGUUCCAUUGACGGAGGUUUAAUUAUACUUUGCAGGUUUCCCAUUAGAAGCAGGGACUUUAUUGUGUAUCCCGUCGGUGUUCACAGCGAUAGAUUCUCCGAUAAAGGGGCACUGUACGCUCGUAUCGAAGUGACCCCGAUGCACACUAUACAUCUCUUUGUUACUCAUACUCAAGCAUCAUACAUGAGCUCACCUCCCGUGACGGAACCAUCAGCUAUAAUUCGAUACCAACAAUUAGCAACGUUACGUAAAUUUAUUAACAAACACGUUUCUAAAUCAAUGCGUAAGCCAAACGAGGCUAUUCUCGUUGUAGGUGACCUGAAUGUAAACGGUCGGCCUCCGUAUGAUCCAGCAAACCCUGCAAGUGCGACAGGGGAUAGUAACGAGUACAAGCUGAUGAUGAAAAUAUUGCGUGGUGAGGGAAUAGAUGCAAAAUUGAUAGAUCCAGGUUUACCUGAUGCUACCGAGCAUAUGAUAUUCGUCGAUUCGACCCUCCAUAUAAGAGAUUUGUUGAAGGAAAGUUAUUAUCAUCAUCCGGUUACCUUUGGUGACAUUACGGUGGACGAAAAUGGACAUUUACAACCGAGAGAAACAGUGCUUGCUGCUAAACAUGACUACUGUGCUAUGGCGAGUUUAGAUUAUAUUCUAUCAAUUAACGAAAAGCCCAAGAGGGAUGUAACCGGUGAAGCGCAUUUUGUCUAUGAUGUCGACAGGACAAAAAUCGAAGAAUUUUUCGUAAAGGAAGAUUAUCCGUUCACACAACUGUCUGAUCAUUAUGGGGCAAGCACAGUGUUGAAAGUUGUUGAUGCAAACAAGUGA